GUCUAGUUCUCCUCGUAGGCGGCCGCAUAGCCUGCUGCCUUUCGAAACUCUGCAGCCAGCGCCGCAAGGGCUUGCUCCUCAGGUUGCAAGACACGGCCAUCCUCUGCAUCAUCCUCGUUGCCACCCUCCUUACUCUGGUCAUCUGCCGUGGUCGGCUGUCUUCGUGUUGCGCCUGUGUCGAUUGAAGUCAGUGUCUCUCGUGUCACUUCGUCAUUCCCCUCAGCCUUCGUCUCGCCGUUGAGGUCAAGGUGUCGUUGUCCGCUUUGCGGGUGACUAAAGGAGAGGGUGGGCUGCGGUGAGAGAGACAGAUGCUCAGAUAUGGUAAGGCACGGGUCGUCCCCAUCCACUUGGGGCAGUCUCACGCCCUCCUCAAGAGGGCAGGGCGCAGGGGGGUCCGACAUGGACGGAUGUGCAGCAGGGGGAUCAAUCGCAGCCAAAUAAAUUGCCUGCCGUGAAGACGGGACACGUAAGAAUGCACAUGAGGGCAGCCCUUCACUCGUACCGUUGACGUGUCCCAAGCGUCCUGGGGUUGCAAUCUGGCACGAAAGUUCCAGCAGAAGGAGGCAGCGCCAAGCAGCUUGUUAAUGUCGUAGUGGCCACACAGAAGAG